AUGGCACAAACAGAAAGAAACACAAGAGAGAAAGCGGUGGGCGGGGCCGGUAGGGCAGUGAGCAACGCCUGCACCAAAUGCCACCAGCGCUUCCCCUUCGAGGCACUGUCCGGGCAGCAGCUGUGCAAGGAAUGUCGGAUUGUACACCCUGUUGUGAAGUGCACCUACUGUAGGACUGAGUACCAGCAGGAGAGUAAAACCAAUACAGUAUGCAAGAAAUGUGCUCAGAAUGUGCAGUUGUAUGGAAUGCCCAAACCUCAUCAGCAUUGCAACGUAACUGCAGCAUUUACUGGCAACAAAUGCCAGCGCUGCACAAAUUCAGAGAAGAAGUGUGGACCACCAUGUUCUUGUGAACAGUGCAAGCAGCAGUGUGCAUUUGACAGGAAAGAUGAUAGAAAAAAGGUAGACGGGAAAUUGUUAUGCUGGCUGUGCACACUUCCAUACAAACGGGUCCUUCAGAAGACCAAAGAGCAGAGGAAGCACCUGAGCAGUUGUUCCCGUGUCGGCCACCAGGAGAAGGAGCAGUGCAGUGGACUGAGCGGUGGCAGCCAUUAUAACAGUCAGAAAACACUUCCUACACCUUCAAUUCAAAAUGAAAUCCCAAAGAAAAAAAAAAAAUCCAGGUUUGAGUUGAUCACAACCAACAGCCUGUCCUCAGACCUGGCUCUGGACUCACCAGGCACGGACCACUCUGUCAUCAUUGCCCAACUGAAGGAAGAAGUAGCCACUCAGAAGAAGAUGCUGCAUCAAAAGGAUCAAAUGAUUUUAGAGAAAGAGAAGAAGGUCACAGAGUUGAAGGCUGAUUUUCGAUACCAAGAAUCUCAGAUGAGAGCCAAAAUGAACCAGAUGGAGAAAACCCACAAAGAAGUUACAGAACAACUGCAGGCCAAAAACCGAGAGCUCCUGAAGCAAGCAGCUGCCUUGUCCAAGAACAAGAAGUCAGAGAAGUCAGGAGCUAUAACCUCUCCAUGAGAGACCACGAGGACGCUCCUGGCAAUAGCAACGGAUUCCUGGGUUAGGGUGGCAACGUAGCUGUUCUCUGGGAAUUGCAAGCUUUCUUAAGAAAUCUGUAAUUUCACUAUAGUUAUCCUUGUUUGUGUGACUGCAGUGGGCUGAAUGGAAACACCUGGUUUGUGCUGUAUUAUGACUGCUUGCUUGAAUGUUUGGGGUUUCAGGCUCUCUCUUUCUCUCUCAUACUCUCCCUCACUCCCCUCUCUCUCUCCCAAACCCUUCUCUCCGCACUACUGUCUCUCUUUUGUUACUUUUGUGUGUGUGCGCUGGUCACUGCUCAGUGUUACGUGCAGAAUGGUUUUUUGGUUUUUUUGGUCCAUCAUUGCAUCCUGCCAUACCCAUGAGCAAAUAGUUCGGCAUUAAU